AUGACAUCGUGUUUAGAUAAUACUGUAGACAUGAUGAACAAUGAUGAAGAAAUACGUCUAUUAUCUGCUGAAAUAGCACUAUUAAAUGUUGAAUUGAAUAAAAAAUGUGCUUUAUUGAAAAAAAAACAGAAGCAAUGCUUGACUAAAGUCGACAUUAACCGUUAUAGCAGACAGAUCAUUUUACCAGAAAUUGGUGUUGAAGGACAAAAAAAAUUAAAAACCGCAAGCGUUCUUAUAAUUGGCGUUGGUGGCCUAGGAUGUCCAUCAUCAAUGUAUUUAGCAAGUGCCGGAGUUGGUACAAUUGGACUAGUUGACUACGAUGAAGUGGAACUUAGUAAUUUGCAUAGACAGUUGUUGCAUGCACAGUGUAAUGUUGGUAUGCGAAAAGUUGAGUCUGGCAAAUUAUCAUUAAAUCGUAUGAAUGAGGAUGUUAAUAUUGUUGUCCACGACGUUCAAUUGGAUGGUCAUAAUUCAUUGGACAUUUUUAAACAGUAUGAUGUAAUUAUAGAUGCUAGUGAUAAUUUGGUUACUCGAUAUAUAAUUAAUGAUACUUGUGUAAAAGCUGGUAAGCCUUUAGUCUCCGGAUCAGCUAUACAUUGUGAUGGGCAACUGACCGUUUAUAACUACAAAGGAUCUGUAUGCUUUAGAUGUUUGCAUCCAAAACCACAAUCCCCUGAAACUGUAGGAAAUUGUGCUUCAGCAGGUGUUUUGGGUCCAGUUCCCGGGGUUAUUGGUGUUCUACAAGCAAUGGAAACUAUCAAAAUUAUUGUUGAUCACCCAAAUGUAUUACAUAACAGUUUAUUGUUAUAUGAUGGAGGGGAUUGUGAGUUUAAAAAAAUUAAAUUAACAAAUGUAAAACGAAAUGGAUGUAUAUGUACAAAAAAUCCAGAAGAUAUAACAAUAACCAUGGACUAUGAAGAAUUUUGUGGAUCAAAAGCAAAUGAUAAAUUCAAAACUCUUAAUUUGCUGAAAGAAAAUGAACGUAUAACAGUUUUAGAUUUAAACGAAUUAGUAUCUACAAAAAAUCCAUUUUUGAUGAUAGAUGUACGUAAAAAAGUAGAAUAUGACAUGUGCCAUUUACCUUUUUCUAUAAAUAUUCAGCUAAGUGAUUUAAAAAGUAAAGAUACUCGUUCUAAGUUGAUCGAAAAAAUUAAUUCAUUUAGUAAUAUGACACCAAAUUUGAUUACUAUUUGUCGUCGAGGCAAUGAUUCUCAAAGAGCUGUAGAUGAGUUAAAGAAAUACACUGAGAUAACAGACAAAGUCAAAUGGAUAAAAGAUGUCAUUGGAGGAUUAUAUGAAUGGAGUAUGCAAGUGGACAAAAACUUUCCAAUAUAUUAA